AUGUUUUUAUGUUAAUUCCAUAGAGUGAUAAUCUGAGGUUAAUGAUACUUACUCUAUGGUUAAUUCACAUUUGAACUUUGAAGAACUGUAUUUCAAAUAUUUUUAUUGCUCUGACAAUCCUGUUUGUACGAAAAUAGCGUUCAACAUGAAUGAAGUCAACAAUAAUCUGACCUGUGACAUUUGCAAAAAGAAAUUCUCCAGAGUGUGGGUGAAAAAUCGUCAUUUAAAAGAUAUUCACCAUGUGGAAGAGAAAAAAUCAGAAAGCAGAAAAGCAGUUCAUAUGAAGUGUCCUAUUUGCCCUGAAGAGGAAAAGAAACCUUUUGAUUCACAUGGAAUAUUAUCAACUCAUUUGGAAGAAAUUCAUUCUAUAAGUAUCAAAACAUCUUUACUUAAUUUUAGGAAUGAAGAAGAAUUUGAGGCUUGGCGAGCAACAGAUAAUAGGACCGCUAAUUAUACAAAGCGCUUAAGCAAAAACACUAAAAAUGGAUUGUUGGUAUAUUAUGAAUGCAAUCGCAGUUAUUUUUCAGGGUAUACCAGCCAAUGCAGCAAACGCAACAUGAAAACUGGUGGAAGCAUCAAAAUAUCUGGAUUCUGCCCCUCGAGAAUUCAUGCAAAAUUCAGCAGUGCAGGCGUUAGUGUUAAGUAUGUAGAGACUCAUGUUGGACAUAAGGAUGAACUACGAUCCAAACACUUGUCCAAAAAACAGCAAGAAAUCAUAGCAGGCAAAUUGAUGAGUGGAGUCACAAAAGAAAAAAUAUUAGAGGAUGCAAGAAUUCUAACGAAUGACAAAUUAGAAAGGAUUAAUGUGCUUACUAGAGGAGAUCUAGAUUAUAUAAUUAGAAAAUUUAAUAUAAAUAAAAGAAAACAUGAUGACGACAUGAUAGCGAUAGAAUCAAAAGUAAGAAGAGAAGUUCAUUCAAAAGCAGAAAGUGGAGUUGCAGAAAAGCCACUUGGGAUGCCGAUAUUUCCUGCAGUUGAUUUGAUGGAAGAAAAAAGCGAUUCAGUUUUAGGUGUAGGAACUUCAGUGGAUGAUGACUAUGAUUCAUACAUAUGUAAGCCUUCACCUAGUACAGAUACUUAUGAAAUGGAUGGAAAAAAUUUCAUGAAUGAAACUCUACAAAAGUCCAACAUUUCAGUAGAUUCUAGUACAAAAAUAGAUAUUGUAUUACAAGAGGCAAGAAGGAAACUCCAGUUAUUGGAUGAAGAUUCACUUCGUAAGGUGGCAAAAGCAAUUGAUGAAAAAUAUAAUCUGAUAUUCAAUAAUCCUUGUAACAGUAGGAAAAGAAAGAGAGACAAAUAAUUAUAUUUCCUUAUCAAAAAGGAGCUGGAAUAUGCAUCACAGGUGUGAAGUUUAAAGUGAAAAUGAAAUUCUACUUAUGUUGGCUAGAAGUAUUUUCAAGAGAGGCAUGGAAAGGUUCACUAUUUACAAAAUAUAUGUAUGUUUUAAUUUAUGAUUACUUCUUGAUGCAAAUGUGCCCUUUAUCAUUUUGAAGCAUUCCAGAUCUGUAUACAGUUGUUUCCAGAUAUGUACAUAGGUUAUUCAGACAAAGAACCUUCUGAAAUCUAUCCAAAAUACUGAGAUGAGAAUAAGAUUGAAUAUAUAAAGAGGCUCAUUAUCAAUGGAAGGUUGCAUUCUAUUUUGAGUUCUCAAAAAUUAACUAAAUGGGUUUUUUGUAUCAACAGCUUUUUAGAAAGUUUUUCUGCCUAAAUAAUUCAAUUAAGACACACAUCAAUAAACAAAUUACAACUGUUAUGCUUUUUAUAUAUGUUAGUGAAUUUUUAUUUUUCUUUCAAGUAUCUUGAAAUUCCAUUGAAAAUACAUUUAUCUUUUCAUAUAAUUUUAAUUAUUUUUAUAAUUAUAAUAUACCACAUUCUUUACUGAAAUAUAUGUUAUUUAAAAUUUAAUAAUUUGUCAUUAUUUAUUCAAACAUUACUUAUU